GGCGAGAGCCGACGCCUGCGCAGUCCGGCCGCUGGGCGGUCGUUGUCCCGGCACCGCCGAGUAGGUCGCGAGCGCCAUGGCGGAAGAGGUGAGCAGUCUAAUGAAGGCCACAGUCCUGAUGCGGCAGCCCGGGCGGGUGCAGGAGAUCGUGGACGCCCUCCGCAGGGGCGGGGGAGACCGGUUGCAGGUAAUUUCUGAUUUUGACAUGACCUUGAGCAGGUUUGCAUAUAAUGGAAAGCGAUGUCCUACUUCUUACAAUAUCCUGGAUAGCAGCAAGAUCAUCAGUGAAGAGUGCCAGAAAGAGCUAAAGGCACUGCUUCACCGCUAUUACCCAAUUGAGAUCGACCCACACCGGAGCGUCAGAGAGAAGUUACCUCAUAUGAUUGAAUGGUGGACCAAAGCUCACGAUCUCAUGUGUCAGGAGAAAAUACAGAAGUUUCAAAUCGCCCAGGUGGUGAGAGAGUCCAAUGCAAUGCUUAGGGAAGGAUAUAAGAAGUUCUUCAGCACACUUUACCAUAACAACAUUCCUCUUUUCAUCUUUUCUGCGGGCAUUGGUGAUAUCCUGGAAGAAAUUAUCCGACAAAUGAAAGUUUUCUACCCCAACAUCCAUAUUGUGUCUAACUAUAUGGAUUUUGAUGAAAAUGGUUUCCUACAGGGAUUCAAGGGCCAGCUCAUUCACACAUACAACAAGAACAGCUCCGUGUGUGAGAAUUCCAGCUACUUCCAGAAGUUUCAGGGCAAAACCAAUGUCCUCCUGCUUGGAGACUCCAUGGGGGACCUCACUAUGGCCGACGGGGUUCCAGGCGUGGAGAACAUUCUCAAGAUCGGCUUCCUGAAUGACAAGGUGGAGGAGCGCCGGGAGCGCUACAUGGACUCCUACGACAUUGUGCUGGAGAAAGAUGAGACACUGGAUGUGGUCAAUGGGCUGCUGCAGGACAUCCUGCGCCAGGGGGGCCAGAUGGAGAUGCAGGGCUCCUGAGUGUGUGGCGGGGGGCUGGCGCGCCGGCCACGCGGAGGAGGGGUGCCUCACCCAGCAGCUCUGC